UGUUUACUACCGGGAACGUGUCCGUACACAAACUACAGCUGGCCUGUGGGAUCAACCUAGAGCUCUUUUUAGAGUCUAAUGGACCACAACUCUACCACUAAACACAGAUAAAGGACACUUUGAUCAGUUUAUCGUUCCAUGUGUUAUCUUAAUAAUACUAAUAGUGUUGAUAACGAUAAUGCAUAUUCUUUUCUUAAUAGGCCUCACCCAAAGAGCUUUCAUAAAAUAAAAUAAAAACUUGAUACAUAAAGUGUGAAAUUAGACACAUGAGAGAGGUACAAUUGCCAUUAAGGAAGGAAAGCAUAGUAUGCCUUGCGACUGUGCUUCCCAGUAUGCCUUGCGAAACCCAGUAUGCCUUUCGAAACACCUCGUGAUUGGUCGAUGAAACGCUACCAGGAACGCCUAAAGGGCAUUAUAGUGUCAUGACAGAAACACCCAAGCCUGCAGAUGGACCCUUCUCCUUUCCCCUGGUCGGGGAACCUUGUUGAAGCUUAAAAAAGAACAACAAUUAACUGCAGCAUAGAUGAGAAGACUACUUACUUUGAAUUAACAUGGGGAAUUAAUAUGGGCACUAGAUCAUUCUCUGAAUCGCAGAUUUUUUUUCUUCCGAUUUUAGUCGCGUCGCUCAAGUGACUUUAAGCAUGAAGUAACCUGAACGACGCGACUCAAAUCAAACUUACCAUAUGGCAACUUCUACUGGAUAAAUACACAUCAGUAUAAUAGGCUUUAAGUGUUCGGCUGCAUAGCCACGUUAUUAUGUUAUGGAGUUGAAUAUGUGAUACCUCGGAAAUGUCUGGAAAAACGAAAGUCAUCAGUAUGUGUGUGUGUGGGACGGGGAUGUCAGCAAAGUGAAACCUAAGGAGCCACUCCCAGUGUGUGUGUGUGUGUGUGUGUGAGCUGCGAUCCUCUCUGUGUGAGUCCAGUCAGCACAGAUAGCUGAAGAGAGAACUUCACCAGUCCAGUCUCCCUUAAAGUUAGAGCUCGACCUGUGGGUCACCAUGGGGGUAAAGGGCUUAUCUUCACUCCUGGAGGACAACAGAAGGAUCUCCCCGGACAUCCACUUCAGGGACAGCAAGCUGGUGGCGGAUGGAAACAACCUGCUCUACCUGCUCUACUUCUCGUCUAACCUGGACCAGAACCACGGCGGGGAGUGUCUGGCCUUCCACGUGGAGGUCCAGGCUUUCUUCAAGACUCUGGCCGACUGUGGAAUCAAACCAUACGUGGUGAUGGACGGAGGCUCGGGCACCAGCGACAUCAAACUGGACACCAUCAUGGACCGGGCCAGAGGGAAGGUCCAGAAGACCCAUGACGCUGCUUUGACGGGCAGAAAGGGACACAUCCUCCCCGCCCUCACCAAGCACGUGUUCAGACAGACGCUGAACGAUCUGAAGGUGCCGCUGGUCCAGUGCUUCGGAGAGGCGGACGGCCGGCUGGCUGCCCUGGCCAGAGAGUGGUGCUGCCCGGUGCUGUCCGCAGACAGCGACUUCUACAUCUUUGACCUUCCUGAUGGGCUUCUGCACCUGGAUCACUUCCAGUGGCGCGCAGCGGAGACGCGUCGCGGCAUCCCCUGCAGGCGAUACUUGAUGUCCAGGUUCUGCACCUUCUUCAACAUCGACCCCCAGCUGCUGCCCGUCUUCGCCUCGCUGGCCGGGAACGACUACGUCAACCUCAGAGAUGUUAAGUGGGCCAGAUACCUUCCAGCGGGAAGUCCUAAAAUGAAAUUCAGUGCUGCUAACCUGGUGGGCCUCCUGAGUUGGCUGAGAGCCAGGACAGACCGGACGACAGAAGACACCCUGACAGCAGUGAUGAAACUCAUGCCCAGCAUGAGUCAACAGGCGCAGACAGAGGUGCGGACGAUGCUGAGGAAGUCCAUGCUGGAGUACGAGCUCCCCAGCUCCUCUCUGCGGGGGUUCUUCAGCGAGGGAACCAUUCCGCUGCUGCCCGCUGAGUUGUUGAGCUGCGUCCCCGACUGGGUCCGCACGGCCCUGGCCAGAGGAGAGCUGAACAGUGACGUGUUGGGCCUUCUUGUGCACAGGCUUGUGCACAAACUGCGAACCCAGGUGGAGCCCAGCGACCUACAGAGCUCCAACCUCACCUCGAAGCACAUCCGGCAGGUGUGGUACGGGCUGCUGCUGGGCCAGAGGGGGGGUGAGAUGGAGGAGCUGGACCGGGUCGGUCUGGAGCUCGCCAGUUUCCAGGUGCGACCGCUGGUCCAAGGAGCCGCUCAGACGCUGAGGCUGGACUCUCUGCCCCAGGCAGACCCCGCUGUGAGGCUGCAGGUGUGUCUGGAGACGCUGGGCGUGGAGGAAGAGACGCUGGAGGGAGUUCCGGCUCACCUGCGCCUCCCAGUGGCUGUGACCCGCUACUGGCUGAGGAGGGCCAGCCCUGAGCCGAGGCUCCUCAAAGCUCUGCUGAUGGUCAUGGUCCAAGGAGAACUGAACCGACGGAAGGGAGGGACAACAGACUGGCAAGGAUAUACCAAACACCUCUCUAAGCCUCUGGAUGGUGUCGUGGCUCACAGCCUCAACCAAUGGCAGGCCUGCCUGAUGGACGCCUCCAAGCUCAACCUGCUGCUCUGCAAGCCCCUCCCUGAACCCCACUACGCCUGGUUGUACCAGGGCAGGCUGGUGCACCGGCGGCAGAAGCAGCUCCAGGAGAGGGAGCCGGAGGUGGAAAAUGCCAACUUCAUCAGUCUGUACAGGAGGCUCCUGGGAGCAGUGACCCAGCCAGACCCCGGGGCCAACAGGAGGACUGGGGGGCCUGAGGCCCAGCUGAGGGCCAGCAUGGAGCACCUUCACCUCAACACCCAGGAGGAGGAGGAGUAGGAGGAGGAGGAGGAGGAGGAGGAGGAGGAUGAGGAGGAGGAGGAGGAGCGGGAUGGGGCUGAAGCCCAGCGGAGGAAGAGCAUGGAGUGUAUUAUUCACUUCAGCCAGGAGGAGGAGGAGGAGGAGGAGGAGCUGGGCGGGGCUGCAGGCCUGGAUCAGGGAUCAGAUGGGCCUUGGGUGGAGGUUAAAAGCAGGAGGAGGAAGCAGUAGAGGGAGGGGUGGGAGUGAGCAGGGGGGGGCUGAUGGGGCACAGUGUUGGGGUAACGCGUUACAGUCAUAUAUUAUAUUAAGCAGCAACAGAGUUAUAAAACCUGUUCAUAUCAUUUUGGUAUUGCAUCUUCAAUAAGAACAUAGGAAGGAAGAAAAAGGAGAGUUGAGAUCGGUAUAAGAUUAGCAUAAGAUGUUGCAUCACAAUAUUAUGGUUGUGGGCUUUUUCUAUGCGUGAAUCAUGAGUUGUGUUUCGGGCUUGGUUAAAAUAAUCGAUUUUCUGAUUAAUAUCGAUCUUAAUUUGAGCUAUUGAUCGUUCUUUCAAUACAACAUAUACAUAUGUAUACUGUACAGACAUAUAUAUGUAUAUGUACUAGUGCUGUCAGUUAAACGCGUUAUUAACGGCGUUAACGCAAACCAAUUUUAACGGCGUUACAUUUUUUAUCGCGCAAUUAACGCUUUUUUUUUUUUUUUUCUUUGGCUCAAAACAAAGAAGCAGUAGCCUGACUGCUAUGUUCAAGGCAGUAUGUUUGUAUGUUCAUCGUUUAAUUGCACUAUAGGCUUUUUUUUUGUAUCGUCCUUUUUUGAUCAGUAUAUGCCAAUAAAAAAAACAUUUUCACAAGGCAAGCCGAUGAACUUCUCCAUGUUGAUAAGAGCAUUAAAAUGAGAAAAAAUAAUGGGACAAAGAAAUCAAGGGAUAUUUAGCAUAGAAAAAACAUUUGCGAUUAUUCGUGAGUUAACUAUGGCAUUAAUGCGAUUAAUCGCGAUUAAAUAUUUUACUCGCUUGACAGCACUAAUAUACAUAUAAUCUAUACAUGCAAAUAUAUGUAUGCAUACAGAUAUAUAUAUAUACAUGCGCAAUCAUAUAUAUGAAUAUACAUAUUAUAUAUACAUACAUUCAUAUACCACACAUAUAUAUAUACAUAUACAUACAUAUUAUAUACAUAUACAUAUUAUUUUUACUAUUCACUUAUUUACUGCAAUUCAUGAUAUAAAUCAAUAAACUCAGACCAUGUCA